GGAUCGGGGUUGCGCGAGCCGAAAACAAAGAAGUAAAAGUGGACAUCUCAUCGGACGAACGAUUAUGCGUGCCGAAAGCACCACAGACAAAAAGGUUUCGAUCGUGUACGAGUUAGUUUACUCACUGACGUUCGACGUCCGUCCGCCCUACUCAGCUUUCACCUUUCUCGCUCCUCGCUUUCUGAUUUGGGUCUUUUCAACUACAUGAUUACUCUAUAUUCUUAUUUAUUAUGGCAGAUCUCUAAUGUGGAUGACCGCGCAGACAGCGAUUUACCACGUUCUCUAACCCUUUCCAUUCCCUCCCGCUCCCAUCAGCACUCCAACGUGUUUUUUCCCUGCCAUUUUGUGCGUGACUCGUCCUUUCUAACGUAAGCACUAAAAAUGUUCUCCCGUUCCUUCAUUCGCCGCUGGGUCAACAAGAACACGAAGUUGAUUGUCCAGGGUAUGACCGGAAAGGCCGGCACCUUCCACACGAAGGAGGCGAUGGCGUACGGCACCAAGGUAGUGGGUGGCGUGAGCCCGAAGAAGGCCGGCACGACGGCGCUCGGUGUGCCGGUGUUCGCGACCGCCUCGGAGGCGGUGAAGGCGACGGGUGCGAACGCCUCCGUGCUCUACGUGCCCGCGCCGUUCUGCGCCGCGUCGAUCGAGGAGGCGCUGGAGGCGGAGCUGCCGCUGAUCGUGGUGAUCACGGAGGGCAUCCCGCAGUGGGACAUGCUGCGCGUGAAGUCGAUGCUGCUGUCGCAGACGAAGACGCGUCUGAUCGGCCCCAACUGCCCCGGCAUCAUCCGGCCAGGCGAGUGCAAGAUCGGCAUCAUGCCCGGCCACAUCCACAAGAAGGGCAAGAUCGGUAUUGUGUCGCGCAGCGGCACGCUGACCUACGAGGCGGUAGCUCAGACGACGGCCGUGGGGCUUGGCCAGACGCUGUGCGUCGGCAUCGGCGGCGACCCGUUCAACGGCACCAACAUGGUGGACUGCCUGAAGCUGUUCCUGAACGACCCCGAGACGGAGGGCAUCAUCCUGAUUGGUGAGAUCGGCGGCACGGCGGAGGAGGAGGCGGCGGACUUCAUCCACAACAGCCCGAUCAAGAAGCCGAUUGUGUCGUUCAUCAGCGGGUCGACGGCGCCUCCGGGCCGCCGCAUGGGUCACGCCGGCGCGGUGGUGUCCGGCGGCAUGGGCACUGCGCAGGGCAAGAAGGACGCGCUGCGGGAGGCCGGCGUGACCAUCUCUGACUCGCCGGCGCAGCUUGGCGAGCACAUGGCUGCCAUCCUCGCGAAGAAGUAG